GGUCAAAGGAACAUCUCCCAAAUGGUCAUCACUAACGAUCAUAAUACGGCAGCUCCACCGGAAGAAGAUGAUAAGAAGGAAUAUGUGGCAGCUCCAGAGAAAGAAGAUGAUAAGAAGGAAUAUGUGGUAGCUCAAGAGAAAGAAGAGGUUAAGAAGGAAUACGCGGCGGCAUCACAGACACAUAUGAUCGAAAACAUAGUAUUAGUUGGGCGAACAGGGAACGGGAAAAGCGCGACCGGGAACAGCAUCCUCAAACAAAGGGUGUUCCAGUCGAAGACAAGAGCAGGAGGUGUUACAAUGAAAUGUCAGUCCGUAAGAGCAGUGACACCAGAUGGCCCGAUACUAAAUGUGAUUGACACUCCUGGUUUGUUUGAUUUAUCAGUGUCGUAUGAAUUUGUUUCGAAAGAACUGGUUAGAUGCCUAGCCCUAGCGGAAAAAGGGAUACAUGCUGUGCUAUUAGUUUUAUCGGUGACGAAUCGGAUUACAAAAGAGGAAGAGCUGGUACUUAGUACCUUGCAGGUCAUUUUUGGGAGUAAGAUUGUUGAUUACCUUAUCGUUGUUUUCUCGGGGGGUGAUGUGUUAGAAGAAGAUGGUAUGACACUUGAGGAAUAUUUGGGCAAAGAUUUGCCGGACUUCUUAAAGAGAGUUCUCGUGUUGUGUGGCCAACGAAUGAUGGUGUUCGAUAACAAAACCAAGGACGAGGUGCAAAAGAAAAAGCAAAUCGAUGAGCUUCUCAAACUUACCGACCUGGUUAGAAAGCAGAACCACAAUAUUCCGUAUACAAAUGAGAUGUACCAUAAGAUAAAGGAAGAAAAUGAUAGGUACAAGCAGCAACAAGAAGAGCUUAGAUCAAAACCGCAUUCGGAAGAACGACUCACAGAAUUGAUGAGGAUGUUAGAGAUAAGUAAAGAUAUGAACCUCAAGACAGUGGCAGAGAUGAUGGAAAGAAACAUAAAAAUAGCUAUGGAAGCUCAAGAGAAGCUCUUUGAACAAAGAGAAAAACUGCAGGAGAAGGGCUUCCGUGAAAAGAUGGAAAUGCAAGAAAAGUUGCAUAGCAAAUUUGAAGCAGAAAACGAGUGUUGCAUUCUCUGAUAACUCACUGAAUGCCCCAACUCGUUGAAAAGUUACACACACACACACACUUCACACUUUGUCUUCAGGCGUGUUCUGAGUCUGUUUUUGCUUCUCUUUCAGUUUCAUUCGUAGCCUUUACCAUUGUUUGAUUUGCUUCUUGUACUUAUGUUAUAAUGUGUGUUAUGUGCUAUGUAAGGCGAUUGUUUUCAUUUCAUUUAAUAAAGAGUCGAGAAAGAGUG